AUGUCUGACCCCAACAUCAUCACCGCACGCAAGUAUCCAGAGGGAGGAGGACCACCUCCCGGCCUCGGCCAGCGCUCCGCGAUGCGCUGGGCCGUCAAGCACCCGCCCGCCGACCCGACAGUUUCUUUUGCAGGCAAGACGGUUCUCGUCACGGGCGCUAACACGGGAAUCGGUUUUGAAGCCGCCGUCAAGUACUCGGCGCUCGGCGCCGACCUACUCAUCCUUGGUGUGCGCAAUCUCGAGAAAGGCGAAGACACAAAAAAGCGCAUCCUCGCCCGCACUCACCGGCAGAGCGACACGAUAGCGAUUGCGCCCGUAGACCUGGCCACGUUCGCGUCGGUGCGGACCUUCGUCACCACCGUCGAGAAGCUGACACCGCGACUGGACGUUGCUCUCCUCAACGCCGGGCUCGGCAACCCCAAGUUCGAGGCGGCGCCGUCGGGAUGGGAAAUGGGGUUCCAAGUCAACGUUCUGUCUACCACCCUCAUGGCCAUCCUGCUCCUCCCGCUUCUGCGCAGGACGGCUUCGGCGACAGGGAAGCCGCCGCAUCUCACCCUCACCAAUAGCCACGGCCACGGCAUGGUCGAGCGGGAAUGGUUUGCCAAGUCCGGCAGUCUGGUCAAGGCGGUCGCGGAACGCGACGGUUGGAAUGCCGACCGAAGCUACUUGAUGCUCAAGCUGAUCGCGUGUGCCGUUGCUGAGACUCUUGCCGGGGUGACGCGUGAGAGAGGAAGUACCCCGGGCACCCCCGAAGUCAUCGUCAACCUCGCCUGUCCGGGCCUAUGCAAGACGGACCUGGGCCGUAAGUUCUCGGUGGCCUCGCACAUCUUCAUGGCGCCAUUCCUCGCCAUUUUUGCCCGCACUGCCGAGCAGGGCAGUCGGACGCUGGUUAGCGCAACAGCCCUGGGGCCCGAGAGCCAUGCCGGCUUCUGGACACACGAUGUCCUUUAUCCGUAUGGGAAACUCGUGGAAGACAAGGACUUGAUGCAGCAAGCGUGGCACGAUGUUCUGGAAAUCGUCAAGGAAGGCAAUCCCGAUGUCGAUGUGCAGCGGAUUCUGGAUGGGGGAGACUGA